AUGCCUGGCUCUCACUCUUCUUCGAUCCAGUCCUCCCCUCGGAGCAUGAGGCUGGUUACUUCACAGGAUCUCUAUACCAGCAUCAACGCUACCCUCACCUCCAAGGACAACCGCCCUUCAACUCCUGUUCACCACAUCCAAGAGGACGACUACACUGUUCCCGCGCCUCCCCCGCCCAGCCCUGUCAGCUUCAGGCCUGAGCAUUGGCCCACGUCAAUCCGCCGCUGA